AUGGCCUCUAAACUUGAUCAAGCCCUUGAUGAAGUUAUCAAAGAUAGAAGAAGCGAUCAAUCUGGAAAGAGAUCACGUCGUACUGAAACAAGCUUCUUAAGACGACAAGACUCUGGUAAUAUUCGUAAACGUCUAGGCAACAACAACCAGUCGCCUGCUAUUCGUUCUUUUGUUCGCACUGUCAAUGUUCAACCUAGAGGCAAUCGUAAUGUGGAUGGUCAAUGGUCUCAUGACUUGUUUGAUGAUGACCAUGAUGGUGGUAGACAGAAUAUCAUGUCUCGGCUUGGUAAUGUACGAGGCAGAGACAACCACAGUCAGCAUACGCGCGGUGUAGAGAUCAGUAUUGAAAACUUGCACUAUGAUGUGACUGAAAAAGAUGUGGAAGAAUUGUUUUCUACUGUUGGUCAAGUCCUUAAAGCUCAUAUUACGUUUGAUGCUUCGGGUCGCUCAACCGGUAACGCCCGCGUUAAAUAUUCAUCUAUGAGUGACGCCGAAAAGGCUGUCAGCAAAUACAACAAUGUUGAAUUGGAUGGACAAACUAUGCGUAUUGAAAUCAAGGAAUACACAGAAAGACGUCAUCAUGGAGGACGAUCCAGCAAUAGUCAUAGCAGCCGCUUUGGCCGUAAAAAUACUCGUCAUGAAAGACGCGACACGCAUAGAAGUGAACGACGUAAAGAAAAGACAGCAGAAGAUUUGGAUAAAGAAAUGGAUAGCUAUAUGCAAUCAAACGUAAAUAACAACACAAGACCCUUACUGUUGUACUCAUUUAUUCUAUAG